CUUUCCCGUGAUGCACUGCGCCUGUUGCUGAAGAAGCGUUUGAACGUUUUUUGUCAAAAUAUGAAGACACGCUGCGUAGCAAACGUCGUCGUGUCGAGUGUGUUUUGAGCGGAAAGUAAAGCUAAAGUUAAAAUGUAACGCUAGCGGUCACCUCUGGUAUGCUAGAACGCGUUACUACGGCAACGGAGCCUGACGUAACACGACGGAGAGGAAAACGGCAACGUUCGUCCGAACAAUUCCAACAGUUUCCCGUUUUCUGUAGGAUUUCCAGGCUCCUGUUGCACAUGGAAAAGCACAUUUUCGGAAAGGAGAGGCUUAUAGUGCCAACUGACUUCACUUCACCACGGAAUAUUCAGGAGGAUCUUGUGCCCCCGUCACAUUUUGCAUCGACUGUCCCAUCUACUGAAGCACAGACAACCUCAGGAUCAACAUCCCAAGCACAUCCUCCACACAUGCGCUGGAUCAACCAAGCAAUAACAAGAACACCACCAGGGGCUCCCAGCAUUGUCAAACCAUGGCUCGCCAUCACACAGACCCCGGAGGAAAUUUUUGAGAUGAAGAAGGAAAAACAGAGAAUCAUGAUGCUACAAGGAAACAGCAGAAGAGGAGGGUUGUCUGCAGAUCCCCAGUCAGAUGUUGGAAUGCGAGAGUGGAGUGAACAGUGGUCUCGAUGGGACUCAGAGUGGCUACGGGAGGCAGAGAAGCUCAAGACCGAAGCUGAGAGGUCAAAGGGUCAAGUGGAGGCCCUAAAGGAGACCUUAGAAAGGUACAGGGAAGAACUGAGAGACAAGGACAUCACUUUGAGCAGACAGAGGCAGGAGAUGGAAAUGAUGCAUGAAGAACUGUCAAAGACUAAGAUUGAACUCGACCGACUCAGAGAGGAGCUCAGCCUCAGCAGUGAGCAGAAGGAGGAAAUGAGCUUACAGGUUGAGAAACUGCAGAUAGAGUCCAGUGAGCUAAGGAGAGAGGCAGAGAGGAACGAGGAGUUAUCCAGGGAGCUCACUCUUAAGGCCGAAAUGAGCCGGCUGCUGGCUCAAGAGGAGACCAAACAGCACGGUCUCAGACUGAUGGAGCAAAGUGAGGAACUGAAGAAGAAACAUGAACUGGAGCUUCAGCAGUUGAAUGUAUCCCAUCGUGCAGAGCUGGGUGCAGUCAGAAAAGCAAACAAUGACCUACAGGACAGACUUCAGUCACUGACCGCUGAAGUGCUGCAGCUGAAAAGGGCUCUGAUGGAGGUAUCUACAGAGAGAGACGAGCUGAGAGAACAUUUAAGCCAAAUGGGACAAGCCUUUGAGACACAAUCUACAACACUGCACAGCCUCAGAAAUUACAUCGGCCAGCUCGCCCCCGAGAAAGGAGAGAGAGAGCGAUUAAAUGAAGCUGUUGAGAGGCUGAGCAAAGAGAAAGCGACUCUUGAGACGACCACAGAGCUUCUGACAGUCAGGCUUAAGUCUGUGAAUGAGAUUCUCGCCCUCCAAGAAGAGGAGAUAGUGAAAAGUACUUCAGGAGAUCCUCUGAUGAAGAGUGGAUGUGGGGGCCUUCAGGUGCUUCAUCUGUGGAGGGAGAAAGUGUUCAAGCUGUGCGUCCAGCUUCGCUCAAAAGACAUCGAGAUACGAAGAGAGAAAGACGAACUUCUCUCACAAGUGAAAUCCACGGAGCUGCAGCUACAGCAGGAGCAGCACCGAGCGAACGUGCUUCAGCACAGUCUGCAUGAUAGAAUAGCUGAGCUGGACAUGGAGAGAGUGGAAAAUGAGACAUUAAAACACAACCUGGCUAAGGCUCACAAAGAAAACACAGAACUGAAGUCACAGAACCUGAUGGUAGAGGCUGGCAAUAAAACCCUGACAGAGGCUCUUCAGAGGUUCAAGCAGCAAUUUGAAAUCAAGCUGGCAGAAGUGGAAGCAGCUAAAGCAAGGCUGAGCAGUUGUGCGCAGAGACUUUGUUUUGCCAAUAGGAGAGUGGAGAUAAUCCAAGGUUUGGUCAUGAGGAGGUCAGCUCUGAAGAAAGUAGAGCAAGCUUCCAAAUACGUGGAACAGGAUAACGACAGCAUCAGGAACUUGAAAAUCGAGCACAGAUCGGUGUGCGAAGAGAGAGACAAACUGGCUCAAGAGCUCAGAAGAACCCCAGAGCUCAUCGAGAAAGCCCUGGCCGACCUAAAAGAACAAUAUGAGAGUAAAGUGAGGCAGCAGCAGCAGGACCGGGAACACAGCUGCACGGAGGUCAGGCUGGCUGUGGCUGCUAAGGAGCAGGCUGAGCAAAGCUUGCAGGAGAUCCAAGCCCAGCUGGAGGAGAGCAACGCCAGUCUGGAGAGACUCCGCUGUGAACUGCUUCGCCAGCAAGAGCAAAGCGAGCAUGCCCUGCAUGAAAGAGUGUCCGAGGUUGAAAACCUAUGUGAAGAGAAACUGAGAGAGAUGGAGGCCCAACGUAAUGCGGCCAGGAGAGAACACACCAAAGCAGUUAUGACUUUGCGGGAGUUUCAGAGAGAGGCAGCGAGGAGACGUGAUGAGACGAGAGAAACCCGACAUUUGAAUGUUGACAAGACGAAGCUUGAAGCAUUUAAUAAACAACCGAAGGGGAGGGAGCAGAGCAAUGACUCAGUUUCUUUCAGGGUUAUUGAAAGAUGGCCGACAGGAGACUAUAGGCACGGUCACCCAACAGCUGGACAAAACUCUUUUCCUCACCGCAAUCAAGAAAACCCACCAGGAGCCCAUCUACCUACAGAGCGACUGCUGAGCGUUUUGGAGGAGCUCCAUACUCUCAGCGCUGCCGUGGUAAACAGCUCAGAGGACUCUGCAGAGGAAGACGGACAGAGCGACGGCGGUGUGAAACCAACAGCAGACAGUCUGCACAAGUAAUACCUGGAGAUGAGUCACUGAAGCCAAGGAGGAGGCGCAUUACAUUUGUACAAAAAGGUGGGAAGUGGUGUUGAAGCCUCUUAAAGCCUACUGGAGCAGGUGGCCGAGCCAGACAUCAGAAAACCUGUGCUUAGGGAUGUAACAGCCAAGGUGUGCUGGGACUGUAUAAAUGUGUUUUACUAAAUUAUAAAUCUGUCAAAACAUACUGGGUUUUUAUCUACCGAAAAUAUGUAUUUAA